AUUUUGAAAAAUUAUUUUUGCCGAUCUUGCAGUUUAUAAUCAAUUUAACUGAUAUGCCGGGAGACAUAGUAAGAUUAAACAUCGUAAGAUAUAUUCUUAAUAAUAUACUUCAAUUGUAACACAAUUUGUGUCAAUAUGCUGAACAAUCUAUCACGUAUACAGCUUGGAAACACAAAAUCUUUGUGUUUUGAAAGGAAAGAAAAAGAAAGGAGAACAAGAAACAUUGAGUUGAGCAAAUAUAGAGAUUUACAGAAAAUACAUGGACAAGGUGUCAAUGUGUUGGAUCUUGACCAGACUGAAAAUAGAUAUUUAUUGAGUGGUGGAGCUGAUGGAGUGUGUGCCAUAUAUGACACCUACAAUCUGUCUAAAUCCCUGUGCUACACAACCCCUACAGUAUGUACAGUAGGACGGUCCAAUCGCCAUGUUCACAAGUUCAGUGUCUACACAGUACAGUGGUACACUUUCGAUACAGGAAUGUUCAUUACGAGUGGAGCUGACAAAUUGAUGAAGAUCUGGGACACAAAUACACUAAAGCCUGCUGAUGAGUUUGAGUUUAGUGACAUAGUAUACAGUCACCACAUGUCCCCUAUUGCAAACAGCCAUGCCCUGAUAGCUGUAGGGACCAACAGUACCAAGAUAAAACUUGUGGACUUGAAGACUGGAUCAGCAUCUCACAUACUGAAAGGUCACAAUGGACCAAUCUAUGCAGUAAAGUGGUCUCCCAGGGAAGAGUAUGUUUUAGCUUCUGGAAGUCAAGACAAUAAAGUGAGACUCUGGGACAUCCGCAGUGCCAAAGGAAGCCUCAUGGUCCUUGAUAAGAAUAAUGUAGCUGAUGUCUCCAACAGUAAAUCAAGUGCAAGUGCACACAGCUCAGCUGUAAAUGGACUGUGUUUCACAGCAGACGGACUACACCUUCUAACAUUUGGGAUAGACAAAAAAUUACGCCUCUGGAAAACCUCAGAUGGAAAAAACACCAAUAUAGAAUAUGGAGAUAUAGGUAACAAUAACAAGAAGGCAGUUCAUUUAGCAGUCUCUCAAAACUGUUCAAAUGAUCUUGUUUACGUGCCAAAUCACCAUGACAUUGAUGUCAUGGAAAUUAAGACUGGUGAUUGGGUAAAAACAUUACGAGGUCACUACGGACAGGUUAAUUGUUGUAUUUAUGACUCGAACUGGCAAGAGUUAUACAGUGGGGCCAAUGAUAGGAACAUUUUAACAUGGAUUCCUCAGUUAGAAACUGAGAGAGCCUAUGACACACAUAUACUGCAACAGAAAGCUGAGAAAAGUAAAAAAGGGAUGGCGACUUAUAAUGAUGAAGCGCCAGUAGAUCAUGUGAUUGAAGUUACAGCAGAUACUUGGAGUGAUGAAGAUUGA